AUGUCCUCCAAAUGGUUGAACCAACGCGCUGCAGCCAUGGUCGCAUCCAAUUCCCGCCGGAAUCCGAAAAGCAACCUCCCACCGCCCCGCCCUGCCACCAUCACCCCAGCACGCACCAUGUCUUCAACAAAACAAAUGAACGCCCUCCUCCUCGUCGAAACCUACUUCGACGCCGAAACCGCGCACCACGAUUACCUCGACAGCGACGAAUCCCAGUAUCCGCGCGACUCCGCGCCUCCAACCCGGCAAGCAUACAUCGCCGCAAAACUCGCCGUCCUCAACGAUCCCGCCGCGAGAGCGGAGUUGGAAUCAAUCGAAGCCGCAUCGAGUCUACCGAAUCCUGCAGGGAGCGCAAGUGGGAAGCGGAAGCGCAGAGAUAGCGGCGACCCCGAUCCGAGGAAAUCGAGGAGAGUGCGCUUCGCGGAGGACGAGGAGCGCAGAGCUGAAGAAGACUACCGAGAAGCGCACUUGUUCGAUCGAUCACAGCCGAUGUUUUAUCAGCCGGGGAGGUGGGCUUGUCCGGAUGAAGAGGGGUGGGAGGGGAGUGAAGACGGAGUCGACGCGCAAUUCGGAGGCGACAGUUCGAAUGAGACAGGAGAGAUGGACGAGCAGUGGGACUUAUGGGAAGAAGACGAGGCGCAGCAGGAGGAAGAUAGGCUUGCUGCGCAGAUGAGGGGAGGAGACGUGGACCUGGAUUUCGACGAAGCAGAGAACGGAGUAGGGAAUGACGCCACAAUUGAUCUCCUGGACGACAUUGACAUUGAAAACUUGAGUGAGGCGGAGUUGUAUGCCUUGUCAGCGGCGGUGGAGGAGCGACUAGAAGCUGCGCGGCGGGAGGUGGAGUUACAGGACGAACAGACAUGA